UCCACUCCAUGACCAGCAGUUCAUUAGUCCUUAUAAAGCUGGACUGGCUGCUCUGCUGCUUGUGGAACUGGAACAAUGGGUUGGCUAACGCCAGGAUGGCUCCUUAGGGUGACUUUUGUCGGAUUUAUGGCAUCUGUGCAGAGUAUAGGACGGGAAGAUUUUUUCCCUUUCGGUCCGGACGCAGGAGACCAGUUACUGGACUCAGGGAAUGACCAGAGCUACCGCCUCUCACUCAGCAAGCCUGUGUUUUUUUAUGAUGGCACUUUCGACAGCAUUUUUAUCAACACCAAUGGUUUUGUUGCCACAGCAGAACCAACAAGCGAGUCGACAUACCUUGGUAAAAUGCCUCCCAAAUUUGGCAUGAUCGCAGCUCUGCAGGGAGAUCUGGACACAAGCGAUGGCUUGGGGAGAGUUUUCUUCCGUCAGGACUCCAGUCCAGAUGUUUUGCGUCGGGCAGCUGAGCACAUCAACAGGGCCUUCCCAGACGACGAUGAGGUCAAUCCCACAGCUGCUCUGGUGAUCACCUGGAUCGACGUCGCCACUUAUCAACCCCAAACCAGAGGAGACAACAUUGAGAAGAAGAGGAACACCUUCCAGAUGGUUCUUGCAUCCUUGGAGACUGCCUCCUAUGCCAUUCUAUUUUACACAAGGGAUGGAGUACAGUUUUAUUCCACACCUGUAGGAGACAGUAAUGUGAUCAUGCAUGCUGGCUUCAGUAAAGGUUUGGUCCGGAGAUUCCUGUUUUCCACACAGGGACAAUAUUACCGCACCACCACCGAUGAGGAGGUUUCUGUUAGGGCAUUGGCAGAGGAGACCAACUCUGGCAUGCGGGGUGUUUGGGUGUACGAGAUUGGAACUUAUCCCCAUUUUUCCAACGUUGCUCCUGGGGAGGUCACAGAUCUGCCGCCAGAGGGCCCACUACCAGCUAUGAAAAGGGAACAACAGAAAUACUCUCCCAGUGAUCCUAGCACUGGGGAGAUUGAAAUCAUUCAACUACAGUACCAGCCACAUCAGCCGCAAAACCCCGAAGUACUGGUGAUCGAUGACCCAGAGAUAAAUGUAGAUGUGUUCUCGUACAACCUUGGAACAUGUGCCAACAACAGAAAUAAGUGCUCCCAGUUUGCAGACUGCAGAGAUUAUUCCAGUGGAUACUGCUGCCACUGCAGACCUGGCUACUAUGGAAAUGGCAUACAGUGUGUGGCAGAGGGAAAGCCACAGAGGAUGAACGGUAAAGUAAAUGGAAGGGUGUUUGUGGGCAACUCUCAAUCUCCGGUGGAGUUCAACAGCAAGGACCUCCACUCAUACGUGGUGGUCAAUGAUGGUCGAUCCUAUGUUGCCAUCAGUGACAUUCCUGCUGCUCUGGGGCCCUCUUUGAUGCCUUUGUCGGCCAUCAGUGGUGUGAUCGGGUGGGCGUUUGCUCUUGAGCAGCCUGGUUUCAAAAACGGCUUCAGCCUUAUUGGGGGUGAGUUCACCCGACAGGCUGAAGUUACCUUUCUACCUGGGAAUGAGAAGCUGACCAUCAGACAGGAGUUUAAAGGGACUGAUGAACAGGAUCACUUGGUGGUGAGCACCACCCUGAAUGGCCAAAUCCCUGAGGUGCCUCUGGGUGCUACCGUCCAGACUGACCCUCACACAGAAAUUUACCAGUACAGCAGCAACUUGAUUUCCUCAUCCUCCACUGAGAACUAUAAAGUGCUUUUGCCCGAUGGAACCACUGAAAACAGGAGGUAUCAGUGGCGUCAAACCAUUUCCUUCCAAGGCUGCCAGCAUGGUGUUGCUUUGAGAGAAAUGAAGCCAACCCAGCUGCUCAGUGUGGACCAGGUCUUUGCUCUGUAUGAUGCUCCAAAUCAACUCCUCCGUUUGGCCAUGAGCAACAAGAUUGGAGAUGUCAAUGGGGGGGACCCUGAAGAGAACCCAUGUUUCACUGGGAGACACGGCUGUGACACCAAUGCUGUUUGCCGACCUGGCCAAGGAAACGAGUUUACAUGCCAGUGUGCCUCAGGAUUUAAUGGUGAUGGGCGCACAUGUUAUGACAUCGAUGAGUGCAGAGAAAAUCCUCAGAUCUGUGGUCCAAACUCAAUCUGCAACAACCAGCCUGGGACUUUCCGCUGCGAAUGUGAAGAUGGGUACCAGUUCGGUAGUGAUGGACGGACAUGCAUUGAGGUUGAUCGACCAGUGAACCACUGUGAGGAAGGCACGCAUAAUUGUGACAUCCCUGAGCGAGCUCAGUGUAGCUAUAAUGGAGGUUCCUUCUACAUCUGCUCCUGCCUUCCGGGCUUCGUAGGAGACGGGAGAACAUGCCAAGACGUAGACGAGUGCCAGCCGAGCAGGUGCAAUCAGAACGCGGUGUGCACUAACACCCAGGGUUCGUUUAUCUGCCAGUGCAGGCCGGGCUUCAGCGGAGACGGCUUCUACUGCUCGUCAGAGAGGACCAAAACCAGAUGCGAGGCUAUCAGGGACAGUCUUCUAGGUCAGACCAACUUUAAUCCACGUGGACCUCGACUUCCUGUCGGCCAAUACAUCCCUGAGUGCGACGAAAAUGGCGAUUAUCUGCCUGUUCAGUGCCACAGCAGCACUCGGCAGUGCUGGUGUGUGGAUCGAAAUGGACAAGAGAUCCCUGGGACUCGCACUGAUCAGGGCAACAGACCAUACUGUAUCCCCCAUGGCACUGUAGCUCCAACUGUUGGACCCCGGCCUCGACCCGAUGUGGUUUUGCCCCCAGGGACACACCUCCUGUAUGCCCAGAGUGGCAGAAUAGAUCACAUCCCAUUGGAAGCUUAUGAUAUGCAAAAGGAAGAUGCCAAGGCUGUCCUCCAUCUUCCUGGGAAGGUAAUCAUUGGAGUGGCCUACGACUGCAUGGAGAAAAUGAUUUAUUGGACAGAAAUUACAUCUCCUUCAAUUAGCAAGGCCAGCAUCAAGGGAGGAGAACCCUCUGCUGUCAUUACAUCAGAUUUGAGCAGCCCUGAGGGUAUUGCCAUUGACCACAUGAGUCGAACAAUGUUCUGGACAGACUCUAUGAAGGAUCGCAUUGAGGUGGCAACUCUGGAUGGGACUCAGCGUCGUGUCCUCAUAGACACAGAUCUUGUAAACCCCCGAGCUAUCGUCACUGAUCCCAUCAACGGAAAUUUGUACUGGGCUGACUGGAAUCGUGAAGCUCCAAAGAUUGAAACCUCCUACAUGGAUGGAUCCAACAGGAGAGUGCUGGUUCAGAGCGAUCUGGGUCUGCCGAAUGCCUUGACUUACGACUCUCAGAGUUCCCUGCUGUGUUGGGCAGACGCAGGCACACAUAAAAUGGAAUGCAUGAAUCCUGGCCGGGAUCACCGCAACAUGGUCUUGGAAGGACUCCGGUACCCGUUUGGAAUUACAAUUUAUGGGAAAAACAUCUACUACACUGACUGGCAAAGGAAUUCCAUCGUUGAAGUGGACCAAAAUGCUGAAAAGGAGUCGGAUGAGUUUCAGCCACAGAAACGGGCCAACAUCUAUGGGAUCACCACAGCCUACGCCCAGUGUCUUCCAGGGCAAAACUACUGUUCUGUGAACAACGGAGGCUGCACUCACCUCUGUUUAGCAACACCGAGGGGCCGCUCCUGCGAGUGUCCCGACAACGGAGAGAGCGUGGGCUGCGUGGAGAGAGAGUACUGAAGGGCUGACCAUCCUCUGAGAGUCGAAGCUUUUCAGAUGUUUGAACCACUCAGUGUUGCAAAUUGCUUUUUUUAAAUACCACAAAAAACUACUUUUUACAAUUUCUAUUUGCAAGAAUCCCAUUGAUAAUAGGUUCUGUAAAUAAAAUUACACUGUCCUUUUUAAUUAUUUCCUGAGUGCACAUUGAGUGAGAAUAAAGCUCAAGGGAUCCAGAAUUUAAUGUGAAGAGUAUUAGAGCAGCACCUGACAGCAUCUCGUGUACGUUGCGUUACACUGUGUCAUGUUUGACCUAAAGCUUAUCUCAUGGUCUCAAUGUUGACUUAAUUGGAAAAAAAAAAAACCACAUCUGUAAAGCUGGUAGAAUCACUUUACAUACUGGUCAGCUAAUAAAUUAAUAAAUGUUUUUCUACCAUU